AAAAACUUCAUUAUUAUGACAAAAGAUUCAGAUUAUUGGAAUAGUUAUAUUUCUCAGAAAAAUGAUAAGUGAAGUGUUUUAAUGUAUUCUUGUUGUACUGAGCACGAAAUCUCAUAAAGUUUUUGUGAAAAUAAUAUAUAGAUUUUAUUUCAAUACAUGUAUGUUGAGUUUUUAACAAAAUUCAAAUGGUGUGAAAAUAAGCAUCAACAAAAACCACUCAAUGAUGAACAUCAAAGGAGUUCCACCAAAAGUCUGGUAUUUGGACGUUCAAUAGCGUUUGCUUCCACUAAUGAAGGUUAUUGUUGUGAAAUUGGUUCUUUACGCUACUACCUAUUAUGCGGGAUAGGAGGAAGUCUAUCUUGCGGAUUGACCCAUACGUUAGUUACUCCCCUGGAUUUGAUUAAAUGUCGAAUACAAGUUAACCCCGGAAAAUACGUUGGAGUUUUCAAUGGAUUCAAAGUGACUCUUGCAGAAGAUGGAUCGAAAGCUCUGGUGAGAGGAUGGGCGCCAACAUUUAUCGGCUAUUCCAUACAAGGAUUCUGCAAAUUUGGAUUUUAUGAGUUGUUCAAGAUAGUCUACAGUGAUAUGAUUGGCGAAGAAAACACUUACAUCUAUCGUACCUGGCUAUACCUGCUUGCCAGUGCCUCUGCAGAAGUUUUCGCAGACAUCGGUUUAGCACCUAUGGAAGCAGCAAAAGUCAAAAUUCAAACGACGCCAGGUUAUACGGAUCGAUUAAGAGAAGCUAUUCCUAGAAUUAUAAAAGAAGAAGGACCAGGGGGUUUCUAUAAAGGUUUGGUACCUUUAUGGAUGCGACAGAUACCGUACACAAUGAUGAAAUUCGCUUGCUUCGAAAGAACCGUAGAGCUUCUCUACAUACACGUGGUGCCCAAACCAAGAGCAGAAUGUUCGAAAGGCGAACAGCUGAUCGUAACUUUCGCUGCUGGAUAUAUAGCGGGUGUCUUAUGUGCAAUUGUCAGUCAUCCUGCGGACUCGGUCAUAUCAAAAUUGAACCAAUCGAAGGGCAGCAGCAGCAUGGAGGUGGUGAAGGCUAUGGGCUUCGCAGGCCUGUGGAAAGGAAUCGUUCCAAGGAUAGUUAUGAUUGGCACUCUAACUGCUCUACAAUGGUUUAUUUAUGAUGCAUUCAAGGUAGCUGCUCGCUUACCCCGCCCUCCCCCUCCACAUAUGCCUGAAUCUCUCAGAAAGAAAAUGGGAGAUGAUCGUUGAUAACAGUUUCACUUGUAUUCAGUAAAUAGGGAAUUUUCAAUUUUGUAAAAUAUAUAGGAGAAGAAGCAAUUCAUUAAAGCUCUGUUUUAUUAA